UUCUUAGCUCCUCCUCCUCCAUACACCGCCACAUUUUCCCAAAACCGCCAUAUAUCAUUUCAAGUGUAUAUCUUGCCCCUUUUUCUAGGGUAUUUCAAAACCCUAACUUAUCCCACUCCGACCCAUUCGCCAAUCCGGUGUCUUCAUCUCCUUCGUCAAUCGCCAGGUUUUGGAUUCAUCAAAGGGACUUAUUUUGUCGUAGUGAGAAUUCAGGUUAUCGAGGCGUAAGAAAUAAUUAGGGAUUUUAGGUUUAGAUUGGAAAAAUGGCAUCUGUAGACCCAGAGAUAGCUAAGACUCAGGAGGAGAGGAAGAAGAUGGAGCAGGAGUUGGCCUCUCUUUCGUCUUUGACCUAUGAUACUGAUCUUUAUGGUAACAAUAGGAGGGAGGAUUAUGUUCAGUCGAUUCCAGUUGACGAUGAUGAAGAUAAUGCCGAUGCUAUGGAGAAUGAGGUGGCUCGAAAAAUGGCCUCAUACACGGCUCCUAAGAAUCUUUUGAAGGAAAUGCCGGGUAUUGGGGCUGAUGUUGAUGAUGGGUUGAGGAAGACACAGAGGAUUAUUGACCGUGAGGAUGAUUAUCGUAGAAGGAGGCUUGAUCGGGUCAUUUCUCCUAAUAGGAAUGAUGCCUUUGCUAUGGGAGAUAAGACCCCAGAUGUAGGUACGAGGAGUUAUGUGGAUAUAGUGAGGGAAGAGGCAUUGAAGAGAGAGAAAGAGGAGACUUUGCGGGCUAUUGCUAAGAAGAAGAAAGAGGAGGAGGAGCAGAAGAAGAGUAUGGAAGAGGAGAAAGGUGCUGGUGGUAGCAUUUCUGCUCAAGCUCAGGCUUCUCAGAAGAGGAGAAAUAGGUGGGAUCAGUCACAAGAUCAGCAAGUUGAUGAGAGCAUGGCAAAGAAGGCCAAGUCUUCUUCUGAUUGGGAUAUGCCUGAUUCUACCCCUGGGAUUGGUAGGUGGGAUGCCACUCCAACCCCAGGAAGACUUGGUGAUGCUACUCCUUCUGUCCGGAGGAAUAGGUGGGAUGAGACACCAACGCCUGGCCGUGUGAAUGAUUCUGAUGCUACACCAGCAGCUGGUGGGGCAACUCCUGGUGCCACUCCGGCAGGAAUGACAUGGGAUGCAACUCCAAAGAUCACAGGCAUGGCUACGCCGACCCCAAAACGACAGAGGUCACGGUGGGAUGAGACUCCAGCUACAAUGGGGAGUGCGACACCGAUGGCUGGGGCCACCCCUUCUGUGGCUAUGACCCCUGGCGUGACACCUGUUGGUGGGUCCGAUAUGGCUACACCAACUCCUGGGCAGAUUAAUCUGCGGGGCCCCCUUACUCCUGAACAAUAUAACUUGAUGAGGUGGGAGAAGGAUAUUGAGGAGAGAAACAGACCUUUGACUGAUGAAGAGCUUGAUUCCAUGUUCCCAUCUGAAGGUUACAGUAUUUUGGACCCUCCAGCUUCAUAUGUGCCAAUCAGGACCCCAGCAAGGAAGCUCCUCGCCACACCCACUCCAAUUGGAACUCCACUGUAUCAAAUACCAGUUGAAGACAGGAGUCAACAGUUUGAUGUUGGGAAGGAGCCUGCUAAUGGGUUGCCAUUUAUGAAACCAGAGGACUAUCAGUAUUUUGGAGUGUUAUUGAAUGAAGAAAAUGAAGAAGAACUGUCACCAGAGGAGCAGAAAAGAAAGAUAAUAGAGAUUAUACUUAUGAAGAAUGGUACCCCUCCACAGAGGAAGACUGCAUUAAGGCAACUAACUGACAAGGCAAGAGAAUUUGGUGCUGGUCCGUUGUUCAAUCAGAUUUUGCCUUUGCUUAUGCAGCCAACAUUGGAGGACCAAGAACGACAUCUUCUGGUGAAAGUUAUUGAUAGGGUGCUAUACAAGCUUGAUGAGUUGGUUCGACCUUUUGUGCACAAAAUUCUUGUGGUCAUUGAGCCACUUUUAAUUGAUGAAGACUACUAUGCCCGUGUUGAGGGGAGAGAGAUCAUUUCAAACUUGAGUAAGGCUGCUGGAUUGGCCACUAUGAUCGCUGUGAGACCAGAUAUUGACAAUAUUGACGAGUAUGUGGAAUACAACUGCAAGGGCUUUAGUGUUGUGGCUUCUGCUCUAGGUAUUCCUGCUUUGCUGCCAUUCUUAAAGGCUGUGUGUCAAAGUAAGACCUGGCAAGCUAGGCACGGUAUUAAGAUUGUUCAACAGAUAGCCAUUUUAAUUGGCUGUGCUGUACUGCCACACUUGAGAUCUUUGGUGGAGAUCAUUGAACGUCUCAAUGAUGAGAACCAGAAGGUCAGAACAAUUACAGCACUUUCUUUGGCAGCUCUUGCUGAGGCUUCAGCCCCAUAUGGUAUAGAGAGUUUUGACUCUGUAUUGAAACCUUUGUGGAAAGGUAUCAGAUCACACCGUGGAAAGGUCUUGGCUGCAUUCCUGAAGGCAAUUGGUUUUAUCAUUCCAUUGAUGGAUGCUCUUUAUGCUAGCUACUAUACAAAAGAAGUCAUGUUUAUUUUAAUUCGAGAGUUCCAGUCACCAGAUGAAGAAAUGAAGAAGAUUGUCCUAAAAGUGGUUAAACAGUGUGUUAGCACUGAGGGUGUUGAGGCUGAUUAUAUCAGAAGUGAUAUUCUUCCAGAGUUCUUUAGGAACUUCUGGGUCAGGAGAAUGGCACUGGAUAGGAGAAAUUACAAGCAGCUUGUAGAGACUACUGUAGAGAUAGCCAACAAAGUAAGCGUUGCUGAUAUAGUGGGGGAAGUGGAGGAUCUCAAAGAUGAGAGUGAACCCUAUAGGCGUAUGGUUAUGGAGACUAUAGAGAAAGUGGUGACCAACUUGGGGGCAGCCGAUAUUGAUGCUCGUUUGGAGGAACUUCUGAUUGAUGGAAUUCUUUAUGCUUUUCAAGAGCAGACUAGUGAUGAUGCCAAUGUCAUGCUUAAUGGUUUUGGCGCUGUGGUCAAUGCCCUUGGCCAAAGGGUCAAGCCUUACCUCCCUCAGAUAUGUGGUACAAUCAAGUGGCGUUUGAAUAACAAGAGUGCAAAAGUAAGACAGCAGGCUGCCGAUCUUAUCUCUCGAAUUGCAGUGGUUAUGAAACAGUGUGGAGAAGAGCAGCUUAUGGGUCACUUGGGUGUGGUUCUGUAUGAGUACCUCGGAGAGGAGUAUCCUGAAGUGCUGGGUUCAAUCUUGGGAGCACUUAAAGCAAUUGUUAAUGUCAUCGGUAUGACUAAGAUGACUCCCCCAAUUAAAGAUCUGCUCCCCAGGUUGACUCCUAUUCUAAAGAACAGGCAUGAGAAGGUCCAGGAGAACUGCAUUGAUCUUGUGGGGCGUAUUGCUGACCGUGGAGCAGAAUUCGUUCCUGCUAGAGAAUGGAUGAGGAUAUGCUUUGAGCUUCUGGAGAUGCUCAAGGCUCACAAGAAAGGCAUUCGAAGAGCCACUGUCAACACCUUUGGCUACAUUGCCAAAGCUAUUGGACCUCAGGAUGUUUUGGCUACUCUUCUGAACAAUCUUAAGGUUCAAGAGCGACAAAAUCGUGUUUGUACCACCGUGGCUAUUGCCAUCGUUGCUGAGACUUGCUCACCUUUCACCGUUUUGCCGGCACUCAUGAAUGAAUACCGUGUUCCAGAGCUGAACGUGCAGAACGGUGUUCUGAAAUCUUUGUCUUUCCUCUUUGAGUAUAUAGGUGAAAUGGGGAAGGAUUACAUCUAUGCUGUGACUCCUCUCCUCGAAGAUGCUCUUAUGGACAGGGACCUUGUUCACCGGCAGACUGCAGCUUCUGCUGUGAAACACAUGGCUCUGGGUGUUGCAGGUUUAGGUUGUGAAGACGCAUUGGUGCACCUUAUGAAUUAUGUCUGGCCCAAUAUCUUCGAGACUUCACCUCACGUGAUCAACGCUGUUACAGAAGCUAUUGAAGGGAUGCGAGUUGCAUUGGGUGCUGCUGCAGUACUGAACUAUUGUCUGCAGGGUUUGUUUCAUCCUGCAAGGAAAGUCAGGGAAGUCUACUGGAAGAUAUACAAUUCCCUUUAUAUCGGUGCACAGGAUGCUCUUGUAGCUGCUUACCCCACACUGGAGGAUGAAGGAGAGAACAUUUAUAGUAGACCUGAGUUGUUGAUGUUUGUGUAAAGGUCUGGAUCAGUGAUAGGGGAGUUGAAAUUAUGUGUGUGGUGAAAAAAUGUCAAAGAAUCAAGGAUAUAGACAAGUUGUGGUUCUUUAUGCUAACAUGACAUUACUUGAUUUCUCCCCCUCCGCAAAGAAUUACACACAUUAUUUGUGUUAUUAUUACUUGUUAAUCAGGAGUGGAAGAGUUAUUAGAGAAAGAAAAUGAAAAACGAGUUCGAUUGAUGCAUGAGUUGCAAUAGCAAGUAGCAACACUUAUUUUGUAAAUUUGUAAGAGGGUUUAUAUUCUAAUUCUAGGAAUAAAAGCUUUGGGUUUAAAAUCUCA